CCAUUUUUCUUACUCUAAUUCAAGACCAUCUGACCAAUGGUUCCCGGCGAAUGGAAUUUGGGGAUUGCUUAGACUAACUAGGGUUAGUUCGAAUGCGAGUGGGUAGACCAGAAAUCAUCACUUUCAGAAUCCAUUUUCCUUCUUCAUCAUCAAGCGACAAGCAUAAAGGUGGUUUCACUUCAUAAAUUGGAUUUUAAACUGACAAGAGGUUUAUAAUGGGGACAAUUCCACCUGUGGAAACCGUUCAAUCGCUGAUCUUUGGAAUGAACAUGUGCAUUGGGGCUACAAUUUUUUUCAAGUUGACUUCAGUAAUUACUAUGGUUCUCAUACUUCUACUCGGUGUUUAUUCUGGUUUGGAGGGCAUAGCAGUUGGCAUUGCAGAUAAUGAAGCAAAUGCAUGGUCAAGUUUGUGGAACGUAUCACUGCCCAAGAUGAUUGCAGCCGUCACCUUUGGAACUGGACUGUUCGAGUUGUUGCCAGACAGGCCAUACCUUGCAUCUGUUGCUUACUUAUCUGCAUCCUUUGUUUCAACUCCAAUUGGAGUAGCCAUACGUACUCACAUUGAUGCCGCUACACAAGCACAAGUAGCUGACUGGAUCUUUGUCUUCACAACGGGUGCUAUUGGUGGAAUUUACGUCUAUGACACUGCUCUCUAUGUUCUUUUUAGAGGCACCAAACGAGCGAAACCUAGUUUGUUCGGGGGAUUUGUUUCGGUGGUUAUAGGCAUGGGAGUGGCGGCUGUGAUCACGACCUUGGAAUCAUAUUAUAACCAGUCAAUGUCACGAAACUUACUUGCGUAAAACUCUUGUUGGUAUUUGCUUCAGGGCUUCUAGGCGUGGGAGUGAUGGCAAUGGCCAUGUUUAAACACUGUCUUUGUAUAUCCAUAAUUUCAACUUUUCAAGUAUUUCUGCAGUAAAAACAUGAUGUUUAACUUUGUCUGUGUACAUCCAUAAUUUCAACAUUUCAAGUACUUCUGCAGUAAAAACAUGAUUCUUGUUA